CUACAAAGUGAGUUCACGGCCAGCUUGAACUGCAUAGUUGAAACCUUGUCUCAAAAAAGAUAAAAAAAAAAAAAAGUGUGCAUGGUAGAGACUAGUACUGGUACAAAGAAAAAUUAGGUGGCAAGAACACCUGUACCCCAUUUGUUUUCCUGUCUUCAAGGCCUACCACAGUAUCUGCACAUAAUCAUUACCCAGCAUACUGAAGGAACCUUCUGACAUAUGCAGCACCAAUGUUCCUAGAAAAGUUUAAGGCUUCAGGCCAAGCCCUGAAUGGCUGGUCUCCAGUUGGCUCCUCAAUUGCCUGUGGGCGUUAUGUUCCCACAUAAUAAAAUGAAAGCUCCAGGGCUCCACUCAGCCAAGCAAGACCCUUAUGAACAAGGUGACUCUUCCCAGCACUCUUCAAUGGGGCACGUGAAGACUUUUCACCAGAAGCCUUUGAGCAAGAAAGAGCAGGCACUGGAUAACGUCUACACUCACCCCAAAUGGAACAUCAGCACAAGAGCCUGGAGCUACUUUUAUUCCCACUGUGCUGGAAUAAACCAGCGAAACUUGGGAAGCAAUUCCCAGGGCCAAGGAAAGAGCUUCUUGUACUCUCCAAGCUCUCAGUCCGGGUGUCCCAAAGCAGAUGACCAAGACUUAAUCCCCUUUACAAAGAAGCGAGUUGGGGUGGACCGGGCCUAUCCCUUGAAACCCAUGGUUCACCGGAAAUCUUGUAGUACUGGGGAAGCUGGCACUGACAGGUACCAGAAUAUCCACACAAGACCCCCUGAGCCAACAGAAUUUUCAGUCAGCAACGUGGGUUUGAGAAACUGGGUGAAUUUAUCUAUUCUGGCUUCCAUGCAGGAGGAGGCCAUGGCAGACCUCCACAGGACUGAGCGGAUGCAGCUCCAAAGACUUGAAGCUGCAAGGGAGAGCUUAGAGGAGGAAAUCCGAAGAAAAGAGAGUCUCCUGAGGGAAAAGCUGAAGAAGACAGAGGAGGAACUCAGAAAGAUACAGAGGGAAAAGGCACAGGCCAAAGAAAAGGAGCGAGUGCUGCAGAGAACGAUACAACUCAGAAGAACUAAAGGCAAUAACACUACCACCAUAUACGAGCCUGUCUUUUCCCCAGAAUUUGGGACUGAAGAGGUGUUCAGUAGAGACAGAAGAGAGGAUGAAACUUGGGGACAGCCUCAGGAAAAUUCUAGUCCAGUCCAGCUCUCUGAUUAUGGAAUCCAGAGGCUCAAAAAGGAAAGGCUAGUGGCAAGCAAUAACAAGAUCCGAGACCAAGCCUCAGAGCCACUGAAGUUCUUUCAGCCUUCAGAAGAAGCAGGCAGUAAUUUGCAGGGAUCCACCAGAGGUUCUAGCCUGUCCAGAGCACCAGAGUCCUUAGGUUCCACCUGCUCCACUGAAGAGCCAGAGCUGGGCACGUGCAGCCACUGUGGGCGCACAUUUCUUUUGCUCAGGCUGGAGAGACACUCCACCAUCUGCAGCAAGAUGCAGGCUUCCAAGAGGAAAGUGUUUAACUCCUCCAAGGCCCGGGCUAAGGGCACCGAACUAGAGCAGUACUUGAACUGGAAUGGGCCAGCCACCGUCAAGGCCGAACCUCCUCAGAAGAGCAACUGGAGACAGAAGCAUGAAUCUUUCAUCCGUACGCUCCGUCAGGCACGAGAGGUCCAGCAGGUCAUCGCCAAAGGUGGAAAUCCCUCAGACUUGCCUCCCAUCCUACCUGCAGAAAACCCAGACUAUGUCCAGUGUUCUCACUGUAGCCGUCACUUUGCUCCCAAGGUAGCUGAGCGACAUAUUCCCAAGUGUAAGACCAUCAGAAACCGUCCACCACCUCCAAGAAAGCACAACAGUUGAGUAGGCAAUAGCAGAAACCUCCUCAAAUAGUUUAGAAGCGUCUGCUUCUCUGCAGCAAUAAAUAGGACAAGAAUACUUUGAUAUAAAGCAGAGAAGAAACCUCCCAAAACUUUUACAUCACACAGCUCUGCUAAAAUUGGGGAGGAGAAAACUAUUGCUAAGCAGCAGGACGCGGAAGGAAGCCCAGCUUCCCACUAAACUACAACCUCGGCUGGUGUUUCUCAUUGCAGACCCCAAGAACGGAUGGGUGAAGACACUGAGUAGUGAGCAGGCUACAUUAAAGCUCUUUCUCACACGCCUGACUGCGGUUUGUGCUAGUGAAGCGCCUGUAUUUAUUUUUCUGCUCACCACAUGUGCCCAUUGUUUCUGUUAACCCUUCAUGCUCUUGCAAGAAAUAGGGAGUAUUGGAAUGAGUUGGGGUCAGAGGACUGUGGUCACCCAGAUGGUAAUUCUUAUAAAACAUAAUAUGAUUUUGCUCUAAGGCAUUAUUAAUGAAAGUCUGUCCUUGGCCCCCAUGAGGCAUGGUUCUGACCAAAUGUCAAUAAAAGUAUACCACGUGAAGGCACUCACAUAUCCUGAACUUUCCCUGCGGUAUACCGUGUAAUAAAGGCAACAUCUUUAUGUACUUUACAGGGCAAGGAUGGGGGAAAACGUAUUAGACAUCUUGUUCUUUUCUAAUGGGUUUCAUAUGUUGAAAAGGAAGACACUACUAGCAUUCUUUCAAAUCAUGUUGGUUCAAUGACUUUUUAAAUGAGGCAGCAGAUGUAUCCUCAAAGCAAGCUAAGACGUUACUGUGUCACAUGUCCCUGUUGAUUAUAACAGAGUUAAAUUCUAUUUUGAAGAAAACUCUGAAGGAAAAGGGACCAGAUCUUUUUAAGUUUCUGUGUAGAUUAGUGCCUAGCACGAGGUAGGCCCUCAAUGGGUUUGAGGGACUUAAAAGUAAAAACUGAAUGAGUCCUUGAGGAAAGCGCACAGAGGCACUGGAUGUUUAACCAAGUAUGUCCAUCCCCCAGUCAAGGUUAAUGAGGAAGACACUAAGUUCCAUACUUGGUGUUAAAAGCAGUACACGGUCAAAGUUACCAAAUGACAGCCUGUGGACAGCUUUUCUCCCAUAUUUUAUUGGCUGGGACAGCAUUACUGAUCUGACAUUCAUAUUUAUGGCUUAUGGAGCAUCUCUUUGAAAAGCUGGAGGUUCUGGAAACACUGAACCAGCAACACGUACAGAUAGGCUAGGAGGGGUCCAGAAUCACUGGCCCUUCACUCAGAGCCUAUAGCAGGUGGGGCCUGAAACUUGCUUUAUGUGCCUGGCUCCACAGGCCUCAAACUUGGAUUUGAGAUCCAAGGAUGAUAUUAGGGUUACAGGUCAGGGCUUUCCAGAGAACAAAUGCUGUGUUUAGGGAGUGUUUCUAAGACAUAAAGACAUAGUAAUUCAUUCUUAAGUUGCUGAGGAAAUAGUCAUUGCCUUUGCGUUUCUUUGAUCUCCUCAUGUUUAGACUGGUUAUUCUAUUAGUCUUUUAAAUUUAGCUUGACUUGGCUUUUGGGAAGAUGUAAGAACUGUUUUCUAUCUAUUCUCUUCCCGGAUGGGGUGAGGGAUGACAAAUAAUGUUGCUUGUAAAUGUCUGUAUCUUAUAUUACUUUAUCCAAGAACCUUAGUGCUAGCAAACAUAAAUUUUAAAGUUCAAAAAAUUAAGCAAUGGGAAAAAAAUCCCAUGGCAAUAAUGUCAUUUCAAAGUGUGUACAAUGAAAAUGAAGUAUGUUGUGUGCAUGUAUGAAUCUGCCAAAAUGAAAGCCAUUAAUGUUUAAUCAAUUAAGAAAAAGUGGACAGGCCAAGAAAAUAUUUCUUUUUUUUCCAUUCAACACAGUACCUUCUGGUCAACAUUUGCUUUUGGUCAUUGAUUGAUCACUCUUCAUAACUACAUAGAAGGUAGCAGAGACGACACUGUAGCUUUUCUCCCUAAUGUGCAUGACUUUGUGAGGUUUAAUGAUCAGCAAGUUUAUUUCCACAGUUAAUCACUGAAGCAGUAAUCAUUUGCAGCAGGAAGGCCCAUGUUUUAGAGUCCUGAGUAUGAAUUACUCUGCCCUGCCACUAUCAUGAGUAAUACUUCCCUGGAGGUCCCAGGGAUCUUACUUGAAUGAAUGUGUCUAAAAUACAUCCAUGCCUCUAAAUUGUUCUUUUAUCAAUGUUUCUGAACAUGACAAACCAAAUGAAAUUUGAGUUUUAGCUUGUUUUCACUUUGAGCUUUAGCAAGAUGCUCAGCCAAGAGAAGUGGUAACUUGGCUGUGCUAUGCCUGGGGAGACCAAAUACAGCUCAGUCUCUUUGAAGGAAGUUUCAUAAACAACUGGUGUAAUCGCUUGGAAAGGCCCCUACUAGGCCUGAGAAGGUAAGUGCAAAAGGGGACCCUACUUUUAAAUAGGCCAUUUUUUUCCUCCCCUCUGUACUUUUAGCACUCUCUUGUAGAAGUUUUUAGAAAAUAAGAUUAGCAGCAAAAAUGAUUUUGCUGGGAAGGAUAUGAGAAAGAAGCAGAGAUUAUUCCUGUAAAAUGAUCCUUGCAUUGUUUCUGUUGCAAGUAUAUGUAUGUAUUUAUUUAUUUAUUUAGUCAUUUUCGUUUUUUAUCGGUACCGGGGAUCGAACUCACGACUGCCUGCUUGCAAGGCAGGCGCUUAUGCCGCUGAGCUAAAUCCCCAGCCCCUGUAUUUAUUUCUAUAAAGGCUUAUAGAAUAAAAGAUAUAUAAAGGCC